AUGAAAACAACAAACGACAUCGGCUCACCGUUGCCAAGAAAGCGGGAGCGGCGGCACUUCGUGGUCUUUGAAAGAGAUCCUGCCGCUGCGAAAGCGCGCCUGGAACUUCCAGUAUGCAUGCACGAACAAGAGAUAAUGGAGGUUGUCCAUGCGAACGAUGUCGUCUUAAUCUCUGGGGCGACAGGGACAGGAAAGACGACUCAGGUCCCGCAGUUCUUGCUAGAGGAUGGCUUUGGAGACCCUCGCGCGCCAGUUCACAAAGGGAUUGUGGCUGUGACGCAACCGCGUCGAGUGGCGGCUGUGACGUGUGCGAAUCGAGUCGCUUUUGAACUGAAAUCUCAGGUCGGCGAUAUCGUUGGCUAUCAAAUCAGACAUGCGGCGAAGCUCGGGGCCGAGGUUAGGGCCAAGUUUGUCACCGAUGGGAUUUUGCUUCGUGAGGCGGAGAACGAUAUUUUGCUAAAGCGCUAUUCGGCAGUUGUGGUUGACGAGGUGCAUGAACGGUCCUUAAACACAGAUCUAUUGCUUUCCUUCUUGUCUCGAACGGUGACGUUGAGGAGGGAAAAUCCUGGAACGCUAGGUCCGCUCAAAGUUAUUGUGAUGUCUGCCACACUCGAUGUCGAGGGCGUCUUUCGUGGUGACGAAGCCCUGUUUCCGAACCCUCCCGUUGUAAAAGUUCCUUCUCGCCAGUACAGCGUAACCAUGCAUUUUGCGAAGAGAACCUCCGAGGAUUACGUCGAGGAGGCAUACAAGAAGGUGGACAAGAUUCACCGACGGCUUCCCCGCGGAGGAAUUUUAGUGUUUUUGACAGGGCGUCAAGAAGUUGCAGACUUGUGUUCCCGAUUGGACAAACAUUUUGCAAAUAGAAAAGUCAAAAUCCAGGGGGAUACGGGAUCAGAAAUCGGUAUCAAAGUCCUUCCGUUCUAUGCGCUUCUCUCGGAUAGAAGACAAAGAGGUGUUUUCGACGACUGUGGACAGGAUGUGCGAAAAGUGGUUGUUGCGACCAAUAUCGCCGAAACUUCUGUGACAGUUCCAGGCAUCUCGUACGUCGUUGACUCUGGGCGUGCGAAAGAAAAGGUUUACAAAGGAGAAGGAGCUCAUGCGCUCUCAGCGUAUGAGAUUCGAUGGGUGUCGAAGGCGAGCGCAGACCAGCGGGCUGGCCGGGCUGGGCGAACUGGCCCUGGCCAUUGCUACCGCUUGUAUUCGUCAGCCGUCUUCGAUAGACAAUUUGACGCUUUUCGAGAGCCGGAAGUCCUCCGGACACCGACAGAUUCCGUAGUCUUGAGAUUGCGAGCGAUGGGCAUCAAGAACGUUUCAAAGUUCCCGUUUCCAACGCGACCUUGCGAAAAAGAUCUUGCAGCCUCAGAAAAGUUGUUGGCUGACCUCGGAGCUUUGCAUGAACCAGGAAGAAUUCCUUCUUUGGACAUCGGGAGCGGUUUUAGCAAGGGGAUCGAGCCUAAUGGAACAGACCUUCUUGGCGUGACUAAGCUCGGGAAGAGUCUAGCAAAACUGCCGAUAUCGCCGCGUUUCGGAAAGAUGCUUCUCUCUGCGUUGUCAAGCAAGCUGCCCUUGAACGAAGGGGAGCGACAAGCAACUGCACGCUACACAUGCCGCAUUGCCGGCGUCUUAACGGUUGGCACAGUCUUUGAUAGAACAAGUGAAUCGUGGCGAGAGAAGCAUCUGGUCUUCCAGCAUCGGAGGAGCGAAAUUCUAACAGAGCUCUCCGCCGUGUGCGCCGUGGAGCAUGCCGGUAUCCAAGGCAGCAGAAGGGCGCGGUACUCUGUGAAAAGCCUCGACACCCAAGCAAUGCGGGAGGUGUGCAAGAGCUACUCACUGCAUUUCAAAUCCGUCACUGAGGCGCUUGAAAUCGGCUACCAACUCGAGAAGCAUCUGUGGGGCAGCGAGCGUCCCGCGGCCGCGUCCCUCCUCCCGCCGAGCAAAAUAGUAGAAGAGUGCAUUCUGCGAGCCGUGUUGACCGGGCUACCGGACAGGAUUGCGCGGCGCAUGACGCGCGACGAGGGCAUCGCCAUGGGCGUCAUCCCGAGAAGAAGGCGCAAGGCGUUCACGGUGCUCGGGGACGGCGGCGCCGUCUACUUAGAGGAGUCGUCCUCGAUCUUCCUGAACGGGGGUGUCGAGUUCGUGAGCUUCAGUAGUCUCAAUGAAAUCGAGCUACGAAGGAAAAGGCGGCGCGCAGAGGACGACGAUGAACAAAGGGACGACUACGAGUCCAGCAGCGACGACGAGCGCGCUCCCGGCGACGACGAGCCGCAGCCUGAGGAAGGCAACCCUGCUACGGAGCAAGGUGUCAACGGCGCAGAGGCGGUACCUACCAAAGUGAUCCUACGCGGAGCCUCUGUGAUAUCCCCAGCCUGGCUGACGACGGACGCGACCAGCAUGUGCCACUUCGACAGCCCGUCCGGCGGGGCGAGCGCGCCGUCGUACGACAGCGGCACGGACACGGUGGUGGAAGAAUCGAGCGUACGGUACGGACACUGGCCUCUCGGGGUGGCGAAAGUGCCCGUGGGGUUGCUGGCGCUCUGCCGCAAGGGAAGCGAUACGCGCAGCUCCACGGGGAGCGCGGCGCAGUACCGUGCGCUGGCGGCGGCCGUCGUGACCGGGCGCGUGCGGCCGGGGCUGCGCGUGGAUUUCGAGAAGGAGGGCACGGACCGAAGCGGCAGGGUGUGCGUGCAGCGCGUGGCGGACGAGAUGCGCAGAAGGGCGUGCGCGCUCAGCGCGCAGGGUUUGGCGAAGGCCGUGGUCGACGUGGACUGGCUCACGCCUGCGGUGGAGGCGUGCGUGGGCGCGCGGUUUCGCGCGGCGGUUAGAAAACGGUAUGAGGAGGCGGUCAGACGGAUGGUGCAGGAGUUUAGCGACGGGGAGGGAGACGGGGCGCGGAAGCAUGAGGGAGAGCAUAGCGGCGGGGAGGAUGAUGGGGAGGAGGACGGGGAGGAGGAAUAA